GGGGAGGGGGUACGCCUACACGCUACACCCCACCUCCAGGGAUUGAAUGCACUGUCUUAUCUUGUUCACCAUUCGCUUACCAUCACAGCUUCAGGAACAUACGUCUUCCUUGCCGGGGACUUGUGGAUCUAUAGUAGCAAACUGAGUGCCAAGAAGACUCCAAUGACCACCCAAUACACGAAGUUUAAAAAAUACGAAGAAAGGAUCGAAUCGAUGCAUUUCUCUGUUGAUUCCCUGGAAAGGAGAGUGUACUGGACAGUGUUGUCUGAACAGACCAUUGUGAGGAGCAAUAUCGAGGAUGGGAGUCGUACGGAAACCGUCAUGACAUCGGAAAGAGCUCUAUACAUCUACGUGCUUGAAGAAACACGCGAAAUGUAUUGGCUGUCGGAUAAAGGAACUGAAAAACACCUCAAAAAGGCAUUUCUUGACGGUAGCUCGCCCUCUACGUUGAGCAUCGACCCAACCAAUGACUGGGAGUGCUUUGCCAUGGACGGUCACAGACGAAAAGUUUAUCUUGGAGGAUCGGAGAAGAUCGUUCAAAUCGAUGUCAGCGGACAAACCAUCCAGUCCAAAAUCUUUCUGAACAAUACCCAAGCUUCGUUUUUAUAUUUCCACAAACGUGAGCGUCGGCUCUAUUGGCCAAACAAUCGCCUUGUCGCCGUACAGCACACCAACCUCGACACACCUGCGAUCAGGACCAUCCCCAUACGUGGUAGAUCCGGAAAGAUACCUAGUCUGGCUACUAUCCAGUCAACCAUUUACAUAAUCUUGGAUGGAACACCAACAGGACUCCUUGAUCUGUCAACUUAUAAAGCUGCUUUCUCAGUCCGAUUGAGGAGUGCGUACACCUCGGCCUCAGCCGGAGUACCAUUGACGAUAUUCAUCACCGAUAUAGAUUGAUUGCAAUAUUGUAUUAGUCAAUUAUUUUAUGGUGGAGCGAAUUGACAAACAACGCGUUCUGUUUUAUCAUUUAAUAAUAAAAAUGAUAAUGAUAAUUA